AUGCAGGUUCAAGGAGAAUUGAAGAAGAUGGAGGCCUUCAUCACAAAAGAGGCAGAAGAAAAAGCCAAGGAAAUCAAGUUGAAGGCAGACGAAGAGUACGAAAUCGAAAAGGCCUCGAUCGUGCGCUCGGAGAAAAACGCAAUCGACUCCCAGUACGAGGAUAAGUUCAAAAAGGCCUCGUUGGCACAGCAGAUUACAAAAUCUACAAUCGCAAACAAAACAAGGCUCAAGAUCUUGGCAACAAGAGACCAGUGCUUGCAGGAUAUCUUCGACUCGGCCGAGGAACAGUUGAAGCAGCUUUCAAAGGAUCCUGCCACGUAUGAAUCUCUCCUUGUAGGUUUGAUCGAUGAGGGUCUUCUUCAGCUUAUGGAGCCGGCUGUCACCCUCAGAGUGAGAAAGGCUGAUGUCAGCGUGACAAAGAAGGCCGCGGACCAGGCAGAGAAGAAGUUCAAGGAUGUUUCUGGAAGAGAUGUGAAGAUUACAAUUGACGAAACCAAAUAUCUAUCCGAUAAAUCAGCAGGUGGCCUAAUUCUUGCCAACGGUACCGGAAAGAUCGAGAUUAACAACACUUUAGAGGAGAGGCUUCGUUUGCUUUCUGAGAGAGCUUUGCCUGCUGUUAGACUCGAGAUGUUUGGUGUUUCAACCACCAGAAAGUUCUUCGAUUGA